AGUUACCGGUAGUAGUAAUCAUCGCCCUGCACGCUUGCGAAGAGAAGGGGCACUUCGACUCUGUAGCAUUGUCACACAUCCCACUUGGGAAUGCCCUGGGAGGUUCUUUGGUCGAAUUUCCAUGAAAAUGAGACUCUUCGGUUUCCUCCUCUGCAGCGCACUUCCGGGCUUCCCUACGAGGCACCCGGCGGGCGAGGCCGACCGCACCACCACUUCUGGCAUCCCGCGCCAACCUUGUUGCAAGCGGCCAUUUUUGUUUUCAUUCGAAUCCGAUUUAACGACAUGCGUUCCCCACCCGCUCAAGAUGAUGUCGGGCUCUUCGCGCAUCCAAGGUCGCCCAUUUCUGAAGCCCUGUUCGGCCAGGGCAAAUAAUGACCGAGCAACGGACACGACCACGGCUGCCGUACUGGCCGGCGCUGAUCAGCCCACACGCUUGGGGCGUCGUAAGUUUCUUUGUACAGGUAUGCGACUCGGAUUUCUCGAUUUGUUUCUCGUCGAAUGCCGGGUUUCUUACUCACUCCGGGAUGCCUAAUGCAACCAACCCUACCUUACAGGAGAUAGCUCACCCUCCCCUUGAAACACAGA